CAAAGAUACACCAGAAGAGCGAUCAGACAACCACAUCAACACAACUCAUUUCAUUUCAGGUAACAUCCAACACAUAUCUUAGAAUGGAAACCAGUGGGGUCAUCUCAAGUGACAAAGAGACAGUUGUCAUUCACUUAAAUCCACAGAGGACAGAAGAUGGUAUGGUUUUUGUUGGUGGACAGCAGGCCAGUGGUGUAGAUCUUAAUACAGCUCUUCAAGGAUUUUUCAAAGCACAACAAAAGACACUGGGGACUGUACAGAUAAUGAUUGGAGUGAUGGUCUUCUUACUUGGCAUUGUAAUGAUCGCAAAUAUCCGCACAAUUAGUAUUAUUUCUGGCAUCACCAUCUGGGGAUCUUUCAUUUACAUCAGUGCUGGCUCUCUGUCUGUUGCGGCAAAGAAUAAACGUAAUCUGUGUGUGGUAUGUACACAAUAAGAUGAAAUCUGAGAGUGAGAGUAGUUAUUUACAUUACUCAAGUAAUUGUGGUGCAAUUCAGACCACCGCAACAAUUGAGCACCAGUCCAUACAUCGUAAUCUGUUAGCAGUAAAUCUCUCAUUGCACCUGUAGAAAGAUGGUAAAAUAUUCUUUAA